AAAAAAUCCUAAUAUAAACUGUAAAAAUCUCCAGUCCUCACUCCACAUCAGGUGGUGGCAGUACUCGUCCUGUACAUUGUUAUUCCAUCCGGGGUGCAGCUAAACUGGAGAAGAAGCGACACAUAAUCCUGCGAGAGGCACCGACCGGUGUUUUAUCAUAAUAAAUGAUUAUGAUAGAUGACGAGAGUUUUUUCUCUGCAGACUAUGACACACUUUCGGGGUCAGAUCCGGGGGCCACACUGGGGUCCCACGAUGGACAACAUGCUGAUAGACUUCUGGCGCAAACACGAUUGCCUUUUUAAUUCCUCGGUGGAUUCUUACUACGACAAGGAUCUGAAGACGAAGCUGUGGAGCGAGUUCGCGUUGUCCAUCGGAAAGCCUGUAUCUGAUGUUGAGAGAAGAUCGAGAUCCCUCCGGACUCAGUACGGGAGGGUGUUGUGGCAUCCCGAGAGGGUCAGCACUGUCCAGCAAAAGAUGCUCAGGGAGAAACUGGAUUUCUUGAGGCCUUACAUAGUUCGCAGGCGAGGUGAAUCCUAUCUGGAGGAAAAUGAUUAUCGGGAAGAGGACGACGAGGAGCUGGAGACUGAAGAGAGUAUUGACCAGGAGAUGGGGAGCUCGUUUGGUAGCCCGCUGGAUGCUGAUGUGACUGCACAAGAUCUGGACGAUGAACCCCAGUUUGUCUCCCCCAUCCAGAACCCCGCUCCCCUACACUGCCCAAACCCACAGCCUCAAGUCACCGACGUGAUGUCUUUGAGCUGCCCGCACCCGGACCCGCCGGACCAGACGGCAGACACAUCCAAACACGACAUACUGAGCCAGUUUGCAGAGGUGAUGUUGGCGGAUAUGCGUCAGAUUAAAGACCCUAUGGUGCUCAUGAGACUGCGCCGAGACAUCACAGACCUGGUGUACAAAGCGGUGGAGGAGGACCUGCAGAGGCGGUGCGUUCGGGGGCCCGGGAUGGGGGAGAGCGCGCCGUCAAGGAGCUGCUCCAGGCCCCGGCAGGCGUGUUCACAGGCAACCGGCUCCUGGAGGCAGAGGUUGCUGCGGAGAAAGAAAGAGUGUGAGGUCGGAAGGAGGAUGCAGAGAUGGGAGGAGAUGAAGCACAUGAGGAGAAUAUGCAGGAGUCAGACCGUCCAGCAAAACCAAACGCUGGAGGGGAUGAGUGAAAACAGCUCUCAGGCUAUUAAUCAGGCUCCUGAGAUCAAAAGAGAGACGGAGCCACACAUGGUCAAGGUUGAGGAGGAGUCACUGCCGCUGGCCUGAACGUUUAGAUUUAGAGAUUGCGCCACCGUUGUCUCCUGAUUCAGUAGUUUUUAGACUUAAAUGAGUUAUUCAACAGUAAGCGAUAACAACAAGUGUCAGUCAUGUUCUCCUUAAUGAGCACUGAGUCGCACUUUGAGGAGGAUUUCAAGAUACGGGACUAUUACCAGAGAUAGAGAGGAAUCUGAAGCAUCGUCUAACAUCGGGAAUCACAGAGAAGAGAGACACUUUGCUGCCUUUUCAAACGCAAGAUAUCCGGUUUCUAAUGAAUAUAUGCCUUUCAGAAAACAGUUCAGACCAACUCAUUUACAAAUAACAAAAAGUUAUGAGCUGUGUCUUGAUGUCCUGCUCCUAUUAAAGGUUUCCCCCUCUU